AUGCUGCGCAACUUGUUUGUGCACUUCCUGUUGGAGUUCCGGAAGAUGCAGAUCGACAAGUGCAAUCGUCGUGGGCGCGUGGGCCGCGAGUCCACGCGUAGCGCCUUCACGCGCUGCGCACAACUCAUGGCAUCGAAGUUUGCCGUGGUGCCCAAGCGCCUGGUCAACUUGGCUAACGCGACUUGA